AUGGAGCGGCGCUGGACGACGGUAGUCAAGGUACAGACCCAUGCCGUCAUUUCCUCGAUCUGUCAAACCAAUGAUUUACCAAGUGCAACAGGUCAGUCACCAACUACCGCCUCCACGAUACCCUACUCCAGUCUGUCGGACGGCAACCCUCGAAGUCCAAAGCGGAGACGACUAUCUCCUGUCAAUGAUGAGGACAAGAGCGGCGAUGCCACCCUUUCACAGGCCACUCGCGACGCUCCCACCACUCAAAAGGGCGAGGUUUCAAAAAUUGAAGACCCGGCAGUGAAGCAACAAAGCCAUACUCCCAGUGUUGCGACAGCUCAAAUUCAGCCUCAGAACCCCGCUGUCGCUGUUCGACUGGAACAUCUACCGGCCCUCGAUACUGCCGCCUAUCAUGUAUUGGCUUUCCUGGCACGGUUAACGCCGGCCGAUGCGCUAGGACUUGCCAGGGCUCCAGACUCCCCAAGUUCGCGAGAAUAUGCAGCAUUGCGAUCGCAAUUUGAGUAUACGCGAAGAUUCUAUAAUACUGGGGCACAUUUUUUGUCCGCAAAAGAUACUGGUCUUGAAGAGAAAACACAGAUUGAUACUCUUCGAAAGGCGAAUCAAGCUAUCUUUGUGUCAAGCGUAUUUACAGGAGAGAUUGGCCUGCGGGACAUGGAUCGGAGUUUUCUUUCGGUAUUUGUGCCCGAGGGAGGCAAAUUGUUGAAGCCCCAAGGCUCCAUGUAUCUUGAACUAAAGACACAAGGAUUUAUUACUGCUUGGCGGACUGGCGCAGCACCGCCUGCUGUAGUUAUGUCGGACUUAUUUGGUCCAGACAUAGAUAAGAGCAUACUGUCAAGAAGACCGGGAGUGAGCACUUUGGCUCUGAGUGAGCAAGACUUCCUUAAUCGGCUUUCGUCUCGCCGCGAAAUUCUUCAGACUCACAUACAGAACAACACUCUAAAUCAGCUGCCAGAGAAGUAUAAAUGGGAAGAUUUUAGUCGUGAGGUCUCUUCAUAUCUUUUUAAGAAUAUUGAGAAUCCUCUCGGCAACGCUGAUGGAACUACGGCUCCACCCAGGAGCGAGGGGGUUCCUAUACCGCCUCAAGGACAGAUGGAAGGCCAAUUUUCAAUUCAUGGUACAUCUUUUCCCCCAGGCUCACGUGAGUCAUUUGCUUCCCCAGCUACGGCAUCGACGACGUUACCCGCUUCUGGACUGCCAUUCCAGGAUGAUGAUUUCGUUGCACAGGCAGCUAGAGCUGCGGAAAUAGCCAUGCAGGGAGCUGGGGGAGUCUCUUUUGCAGAACAGCUGCCUGCGACAACAUCAACACCACCCUCUAAUCAAGGGACGAAUCAUGCUGCCCCAAACAUGAGCAAAGAAUAUCAGCACUAUGAUCCCGCCAUGGAGAGAGCUUCAGCACGAUCCCUUGGAGAGAACCCAUCCAGUAUUCCGAGUGAGAUACCCCAUGUAUCACAGACUGCGCCAACUUCAGUUCUGUAUGAGCGAGCCCGACUGGCUGCAACGACAAAGGCGCUUGCAGCACGAAAAGGGACUAGCCCUAGCCAAAGACGCCCGUGGACGACUGAAGAAGAAAACACUUUGAUGGCCGGCCUUGACCGUGUCAAGGGUCCACAUUGGAGUCAAAUACUGGCCAUGUACGGACCAGGAGGAACCAUCAAUGAGGCCCUGAAAGAUCGCAAUCAAGUUCAAUUGAAGGACAAAGCUCGGAAUCUCAAGCUUUUCUUCCUCAAAAGCGGCAUCGAAGUGCCAUACUAUCUUAAGUAUGUUACUGGUGACUUGAAAACACGAGCUCCUGGCCAUCCGAACAAGCAGGAAUCAAAAGAACAAGAGAACGGACAAGGGUUUAUGGCACUCGACGAAAUCGAGCAAGAAGCGCUGGCGACGGGAUCCAGCGGGUCUCGCUCAGGACGUCAAUCACCAGCUGUCGAUGAUUUUGAGGAGCCAACACCAGCAGCAGACAUCAAAAAACCAUUUGAACCCAGCAUGGAUGAUGUAAGUGUCUCUCCCAAGACUACCACUUGUUGCUUUGACCAUCUAGAGUCAAGACUGGAGAUCUGGAUUCCCUUCUCGUCGAACUACACUAAUUCGAAAAUUUGCAAACAGGUGGAAGCCAUGAUAGCGAGAGCAGCUGCACAAGCAUCUCAGUCUCUGGGCUCUACUUGGCCGUGA